CUUGACGUCACUCGCACCCCCCCCCCACCAUACCAUCAAAAUGAAAUGGAGACGGUGGGAGAUUAUCAUCUCACAUCCUAUCAAUCACGACGAGACCAAAGCACAAAUAUACACACACACAGAUACUCGGCAUGCCUUCUACUUCCAGCUUCAUCCGCCUCAGCCCUUUCGUACAGCCUUCGCCGUACGGCAAGAAGGGCUCCAAAUCUGUUGCUGCGAGAUUCGCGACUGCGACUAGAAAGGACUUCAAGAUCGAUGAGGAACAGCCUUAUGGCGAGAUGUGGAUGGGCGACCACCCGAACGGAAUGGCGCACACGCUGGACGGCCAAUCACUCGGGUCGCUGAUUGAAUCCGCCCCAGAGGAAUACCUGACAUCCGCGGUCUACAAGCGCUUCAACAGCGACCCGCACCUCCCGUUCCUCUUCAAAAUCCUCAGUUUCGAUAAAGCGCUGCCAUUGCAGGCGCACCCUGACCGGGCGCUCGCAAAGCGGCUGAUGGCCAAAGAGAAGGCCGCGACAGGCAAAAACGAGACAUUCGUGGACCCGAACCACAAGCCGGAGGUAGCGGUGACGAUCUCGGACGUGUUCGAGGGGUUCGUGGGGUUCCGGCCCAUCCACGAGAUCAAAGUGUUCCUGAAAGUCGUGCCGGAGCUGCGGAAGCUGCAGUCCGACCACGAAACCGUCGAGGCGUUCCUUGCCGCCCCCGACGACUCCAAGGACGCGCAGAGCCUGCUCAAGACUAUGUUCGCCGAACUCCUGGCUUCAACGCACACGGAGAUCCGUGCGUGCUCCCAGCAGUUGCUGACGCAUGUCGAGCGCGACGCCGACGAUGCCAUAGGCGAUCUGGGACGGAAGCAGGGCCUCGCCCGCGUCAUCCGUAAGGUCCUCUCGGACUAUCCUGAAGACGUCGGGAUGUUCGCCGCGGUGUUCUUCAUGAACUAUGUCGUGCUGCAUAAGGGCGAGGGGAUCGCGGUGCCGGCGAACUGCAUCCAUGCAUACCUCGAGGGCGAUAUCAUCGAGUGCAUGGCGUGGUCGGAUAACAUGAUUGCGUGCGGACUCGGAGCUCCCGAGGAGCAGAACGACGCUCGCGUAUUCGUCGAUAUGCUCCGGUAUGAAGCGUCGGAGUCGAAAAAGCUGGAGUUGAAGCACGAGAAGUGGAAUAAGUCGGACAAUGCAAAGACGCAGAUCUUUUACGCGCCGAUGGCCGAGUUCGACCUCCUCAACACCAAGCUCGACGCGGGGGAGCAAGAAGUGGUCGAUAAGGGAAUCGAUGGACCGGCGGUCUUUGUGGUCACGCAGGGAGUGGUCACGCUGUGUCGUUCGGAUGGAAAAGAGGAGGAGAAUCUGCAGCAGGGACAGGUGGUUUUCAUCAAGCCUGGGACGGGAUUCAAAUUUAAAGCGGAGAAUAAGGCGGAGGUCUGGGGAUCUUUUGUGGAAGGUUAGGCGCGAGGCAAUGGGCAUUGGGCAUUCCGUUUGAUUGAAUUCAAUCAUGCACGUUUAUGAAUCAUGUGUGCUCAGUAACUACCUGGCGAACAUGCGUAUCAUACCAACAUCAUGAUUCGGCACGCCACCUUCAUUAUGUGCCUUUCGAUAUCACGGUACAUAGAGUGGGACAGAGUAGGUACAUGCGUUCAGG